UGUCAUCAAACUCCAUAAAGGAUUAUUUUUUUCAGACGAGAAAAAAUAUUUUUUCAAUUUUUUUUUUACAUCCGAGAAAAUAAUGGCCAGCAAAAUGAAGAAGGUUUUCACAGCUGAGGGGGUGCUGGAUAUAUUGACCACUGAUAACAGUGCUAACCUCUUUCCUAUCGACUCUUCGUCUGAUGAGGAAGAUUUAGUGUAUUCAUAUGGAAAUACAAGUGAUCCAGAUUUUGAAAUUCCAACUUCAGUGAGUGAUGAUGGUGAUGAUGAGGAGGAUCCACAGCUAUCUGGACAAGCAUCCUCCAGUACAUCUCGAGUGGGGCCAUGUUCUUCUGCUUCCCCUGCACAGCCACAUCCAGACCUUUUUCAGUGUAAAGAUACACAGAAAAAAAGGAAACAAAAAGCCCCUCACACAUCUGUGCGUCCGAAGCGGCAUCGGAGUGAUUCAGGACCAGAAGAACAAUGGCACAAUAGAGAGGAUGAAGACCAAAAGCCACAACCACUCAGGUUUGUGCCAGCCAGGAUGCCCGGGCCCACUUUUGACACCACAUCUUCCUGGUCUCCACUCAGCCUCUUCCAGCUUUUCUUUAGUUCUUCUGUAGUCUGUGCAUUGAUUGACAACACCAAUGCCAAUGCUGCUAGAAGACUAAGGGCUGGAAGAAAGUUCAUUUGGAAGGAGCUAACAGUGAAAGAUUUUUACAUUUUCAUGGCGAUCAUCAUUUUCACCAGUCUCGUGAGGGUGCAUCAUGCAUCAGAUUACUGGAGAAAGUCAUGGCCAUAUAACUUCUCCUUCCCUGGAGAUAAGAUGACACGGUGUCGUUUUGAAUCCAUCUUGUGGUCUCUUCAUCUGAGCAAUCCUCAAGAAGAUGAGGAGAAUGAGAAGAAAAAGAACACGUCAGAGUAUGACAGGCUUUUCAAGAUCAAGCCACUGUACACCGAUAUUGUGACCGCCUGCCAGACCUACUUCCAGCCACGCCAGAAAAUCUCCAUUGAUGAACAGAUGGUUGCGUCCAAAGCCCGUAAUAGCAUGAAACGGUAUCAGAAGGACAAGCCAACAAAGUGGGGCUACAAGCUUUUUGUUUUGGCAGACUCCUCCACAGGCUACACCUGGAAUUUUUUUAUUUACACCGGUAAAAAUCUCUCCACCACAGGGCAGGGCCUGAGGUACUCUUCAGUGAUGGACCUCCUUCCGUUCUCUUUGCUUGGCAAAGGGUAUAUGCUGUUUGUUGAUCAUUUCUACACCAGCCCCACACUUUUUAAAGAUCUGAGUAGUAAAAACAUCGGCUGUUGUGGAACAAUAAGAAAAACCUGUGUUGGUUUUCCACAAACCACCAAUAACGACCUGCCCAAAAAGGCUGAGAGGGGAGAUAUACGGUGGCUGAGGAGAGGUAACCUACUUUUUGUGAAGUGGAUGGACACACGCGAGGUGACUAUGUGCUCCACAGUCCACACAGCUUUCAGUGGAAAAACUAUCCAGCGGAGGGUAAAAAGUGGUGGUGUGUGGCAGACUAAAAGCAUACCUGCUCCUGAUUCUGUCAUCGAUUACAAUAAACACAUGGGUGGUGUGGAUUUGUCCGAUGCACUAAUCAGCUAUUACAGUGUACAGCAAAAGUCCAUGAAAUGGUACAAAAAAUUUUUCUACCAUUUUAUGGACAUUGCAACAGUAAAUAGUUUCAUCCUCUACAAGGAGCUCUUGAAACUGAGAAAGGAUCCUGCCUCCACCGGUACAGCCGACCACAAAAAGUUCAAAGAGCAGCUUGCUGAAGAAAUGCUUGAGUUUGCGGAGUGCUCAACACCAUCCUCACCACCACCUCAACCACUGACAUGCAUGCCAGAAUUUUAUGAAAGUGCUGACGACAAUCAAACCCGGAAGUACUGCAGGAGAUGCAAGGAUGCUGGCUUUGCAAGGGUGAAGACACCCAUUUAUUGCAGGAGGUGCCAAGUCCCUCUGUGCCUUUCAUCCACAAGAAACUGCUUCAAAGAGUGGCAUGAUGCUAAAUGAUGAGUGGUAUGAUGUAAAUAUGUAAAUGAAGAUGAUGUUCUUAUCAAUAGGCAAUAGGUUAUGAGUAAUUGUUGUUUACAACUGUGCUGUCACAGUGAGGGUUUGUUUUUGUUAGUUCAAAAGGGUGUGUCAGUGGCAGAGAUAUGGAGUGUGCAACCAAUAUAUGGAGGCUUUAGUCCUCGACAUGGCUGUGUCAACAUGUUGACCUUUGCUGCAUUAAAGCAUUAAAU